AUCAUCCGGCCUCUCCAGAAAUCCCGCCUCGUAGCAAUCCGGCGAUGGGCGGUGGACAACGAUGUGGUAGCGAGCGAGCAGGACGAUAGCGAGAUCGAUUUGGCGCUGCCGCUGGAGAAUGUGGAUCGGAGGAGAGAGGAGAAAUUCGCCGUCCGCGAUCUGGGCAAGCACCAAUGCCGCUCCUGCGGCUACGUCUACGAUCAAACCGUGGGCGAUCCAUCCUACCCCAUCGCGCCAGGAGUGGAAUUCGCGCAGCUGCCCGAGGAUUGGAGAUGCUCCACUUGCGGCGCCGCCAAGUCCUACUUCAAUAGCAUCAGCGUGGAAGUGGCCGGAUUCGCCGAGAACCAGAGCUAUGGAUUUGGCACCAACACUCUCACAUCCGGCCAGAAGAGCUUGCUCAUCUAUGGAUCGCUCGUCUUCUUCUUUAUCCUCUUCCUCAGUGGCUACUUUCUCCAAUAGGAAGAAGAAAUGGGAAUAACACAGAUAUUCCAAGAAGUCGUGUCCUCAAAAAACUAGGGCAGGGUUGUGAAUGGAGAUGGACGCUUACGCGGCACUCGAUCCCAAGGCGCUGGAGGAUUGGCCGCAUUUCCAGUGCGCGAUGUGCUUGGAGCUUUGUUUCAAACCUAUCGUCCAAGCGUGCGGCCAUUUCUUUUGCUUCUGGUGUGUCGAUUACGCGAUGAAUGGAUCCGGCCCUUCGCGCUGCCCGAUGUGUAGAUGCGAGUACACGCAGUUCCCGAGGAUUUGCGGGCUCCUCCAUCGCUUGCUGGGAGCUGGAUUUCGCGAGGCGUACGAGGAGCGAAGGAAAGAGAUACUAGCUCUUUUUUUGUUCUUGAAGAGAUGGAGAGCGAGAUGGAAUACUUUUCUCCUGAAGAAGUGAUUGAAAAAAGCAUUGAUGGAGCUAUAGAGGCAUCCGACCUGCCUUGCGAGCUCUGCAAGGAGCUGAUAUACCGUCCAGUCGUCUUAAAUUGCGGACACGCGUUUUGUCAAAGCUGUCUGAGGGCCCCAGUCGAAGGUGAAAGUCCCAAGUGCCCGUCUUGCGGUAUGCCACAAAGGAUUUUUCCAGUGCAAGUUUGCCUGGAGCUAAACGAGUACAUACAGAAGACGUUUCCCGCGGAGUAUAAACAAAGAGAAGACAAGCUUAAGGAAGUUGAGACGACGGAAGCCUCGACCCGGGCUUCGAGCUCAACAUGCUCACGCUCAUCAUCAUCAAAGGAUGGUAGCAACAAACAAGCUUGCCAUGUCCACCGGGGUGCAGGUUGUGAUGGCUGUGGGGUCUUGCCAAUUAUCGGUUCAAGAUACAAAUGUAUAGACUGUCCAGAGAAAGUUGGCUACGAUUUGUGUGGAGACUGUUAUCCCACCUCAGCUGCUCCGGUUGGACGAUUCAAUCAGCGCCACACUGCAGAGCAUCGGAUGGAAGAAGUCCGAGAUUGUUUCACAACAUCUGAAAUUUACUCCGCAACGAGCUUGUGAACGGCAAGCUGACAAGGAUGCUAAGUGGACUACUAGAAAGGAGGGAUGCUCUCAUGCCAGCAAAAGGAUGACGAGCCUGCUCUUGUAUCUGGCAUGCGUACUCCCGGCUCUUGUCCAGAUAGCGGCCGCCUCGCCAUGGGAUAGCAGCAAGCUCAAGGCUCAGCCGAUUGGCCGAGUGAAAGGCCCCAGCGGCCUCUCAUUUCACGAUGGACCCAUCCUGGUCGGCCAGAACAACACCAUCUCCAUUUACGUGACGUUCUACGGCAACUUCACAAAGGCGCAGAGAAGAACUAUCAGGUCCUUCCUCAGGUCCUUCCAGUCGCAAGAGAAGAAGCUACCGCCGCCGCUGCCAAAGCCACU